CUGUAUUAUUGCUAUUUGGCAACGUUGGAUCAGUUUCCCGGCUAAACGAAUAAUGAAUUGGCGACGGCAUGUUGUUGAUGGAAAAUUUACCCAAUAGUUUGGAAUUACACCCCCUAAUUCGAAUUGGUGUAACAUUUUGUGUAUAUGUAAUCGAGGAGUAAAUAACUGACGAGUAUGAAUCCGGCAGAAGUAGAAUUCUUGGCCGAGAAUCAGUCAAUUCAGAUCACACCAAACUUUAGUCACGAUCGGCUAUAUCUAAUCUGUGGGGAAGUUGGUCCAUUUAGACCUGGUAUACCAGUUCAAGUUCCAUUAUGGAUGGCUCUAAAUUUAAAGCAACGUCAGAAAUGUCGACUAACGGCGCCUGAAUGGAUGACAGUCGAGACACUGACAAAGAUCAAAGAAGACGAGGGUCAGUCAAAGACAUUCACACCCAUGCCUGACGAACAUUACAUGGUUACAACACAACUCAUUCUUGGAGCUGCUCCUCAUGACAUAGCCAACACAGAUGAGAUUCGCAUAUUAGUCAAGGACAUUUGGGAUAUGAGAAUUGCAAAGCUAAGGUCUUCGGUUGAUGCUUUCCUGAAGAUUGGUGGCUCUCUUGCUAAAGUUGACCACCUCACUGUGAUGGAAAUUAAUACAGUUCGUCCAUUUCUACCUCAUGCUUUGGAUCAAUUAUUCAGGCUAAGACAGGUAUGGAGAAAAACUCUGCCUACAACCAGACCCAAUAAAUUUGUUCAACAAGCAUGUGAGUAA